AUGCAGCGUUCGUCCUGGAGACGAUGCCUUCGUCGUGGCGGCCUGAUACGCCUCCCUUGUGUGAAUCCCAGCUUCCCUAUCCGACCAGCUUCGACGGAGUUGACUCCGCCAGCCUGGUGGCUGAAGGGCCAGCCUCGGAAGGUCUUUGGAAGUAGGGCUGAGGUAGAGCUCCUCUCGCAGCUGGCAGUGCUGCUCAUGCCGGGUGAGCCCAUUGCCAUGGCUUUCAGAGAUUUCCCGGUUAAGAAAUGCAAGGAGUGGGGUUCAAGUAGACUUUGCCCAGAUUUCGCAGCGCAUGGUGUGCUGAAAGCAACUAGUGCUGCACUGUUCAUCGAAUACGAUGGCCAUUACCGUCACAUGGAGCCACCAGGCUUGGCUACAGACAUUCGCAAGACAAGUGCCCUUCUGCGAUUCGCUCCUGCCGGAUCUGUCGUGGUUCGAAUCGCGCACAAGGAGCGACAGUGGAAGGAUGGGUCUGUGCAAGUGCUGGUCGAUUGCUGGCAGGCCGGGCAUGCGCUCUCCCUCCGCAAGACUCUGCAGCAAGUUCUGGAUUCUCUGCUUUUGUGCUGUCGGCAUCAGCUGGUCCCUGGCCUCGUUUCGCGACUAGAGGCAUGUGGCCACAUGCCACUUGACAAGCGCGCAAGAUCCUUUGCAGUGGAUGCAGGAUUGGUGGGCAAGUCUGACAACAACGGGCUAGACGUUCGAGAGUUUCUCCGGACGGAAAUGCGCCUAUCUGCAGAGCAGGUUGCCAAGUCGAUUGACCGGUGUCCUGCAGUGCUGGGCUUGAGCAUUCAGGCAAAUCUCAAGCCAACAGUCGAGUGGAUCAACGGACUGGGCCUGAGCCAGCUGCAGGUUGCCAAGGUGAUCGCAACACGUCCGCAAGUGCUCGGCUUGAGCAUUGAGGCGAAUCUGAAGCCAACAGUCGCAUGGAUCAAGGGGAUGGGCCUGAGCCAGCCGCAGGUUGCCAAGGUGAUCGCAACACGUCCGCAAGUGCUCGGCUUGAGCAUUGAGGCGAAUCUGAAGCCGACGGUCGCAUGGAUCGAGGGGCUGGGCCUGAGCCAGCCGCAGGUUGCCAAAGUGAUCGCAACGCGUCCGCAAGUGCUCGGCUUGAGCAUUGAGGCGAAUCUGAAUCCUAAAGUAGAGUGGAUCGAAGGGUUGGGCCUGAGGCAGCCGCAGAUUGCCAACAUGAUUGCAAAGUUUCCGCACGUGCUUGGCUACAGCAUUGGCACAAACAUGAGAUUGAAGCAUAAUUUGCUACAAGAGUUCUUCAAUGGAGAAGCUGCUGCACAGCUGCUGGCACGAGUACCUCGGCUCUGGAGCUAUCGGCACACUCGGCUCGAGCAUCGUCUGCAUUUGCUAAAGUCUCACGGGCAGCUUUCCAAACUUGCCGGUGCCAUGACUUUGGGGCUGGACGACUUCAGCCGCAGGUUCGCAAGUUCACAUUUGCCGAAAGAAGCGACUCUCUCAGAAAGAUGCCGAGCAGAGGCGAAAUUCGCUGAGCUUCACGGCAGCGCUCCGCUGAGCUUCAAGGACUUCAUGCGAUGGAUCGCGGAUCUCUUCGCGCGCCUCGAAGCCGAGACCGCUGUGAGCCCUCCGGCGCCUCCGGCGUAG